AUGACGUUUUCUUUGAAAAUGGCCAAGUUGAGUGCAGGAUUUCUUGAAGGAAUGUCAUGCCCAUCACCUUUUGGAUUCGGGAUGAAGAAUGACGCUCUUGUGAUAAUCAUAACUGUCUACAUUCGACGUAAAUUUGUUAAACCACCACCAGAGUUUAAAGAUAUACCGACUAUAUCGCCUAUCCAAUUAAUAAAAACUUUGAUAUCAGGCCGACCUCAUGAUGAAGUACAAAAGAUUUGGUAUGUUGUGAGAUGGGGAAUUCAUAUUUCAAAAUUGGAAUAUGUUAAAGAAUUUUUAACUGAACCAAUUGACAAUGUGCCAAAAAUUACUUAUUCUCCUGAUAGUGCAGUUUCAAAAUUCUUAGGAACAUGGAAAGUACAUCGCAACAUAUCCGCAAAAGCUUUUAACAAAGCACUUUCGCCAAAAAUAAUUGGAGAAUGUGGAAUUGAUAGUGUUAAAUUGAUCGAGAAAUGGGAGAAUACACCAAUGGAUACGUUUCUAUUGAUGCAAAGAAUUACUUUACAAGCGUUGGGUAAAGUGGCAUUUGGAUAUGAUUUUCAAUGUUUAAAAAAUUGGGAAGAACAACCGGAAUUUAUAGAAACUUACCAUAGUAUAAUGAAUCAUGUUAUGGCACCAAGAACCUUUUUCUUUCCAUUUCUUGACAAAUUACCAUUAAAUUCAAAUAUUAGAUACAGAAUGUUAAAAGCUGCAGAAAAUGAAGAUUAUACAUGGUCGGCAAGAUCUUUAAGAGAUGAAAUAGUGAUUUUAUUUGUUGCUGGACACGAUACCACUGCACAUUCAUUAAGCGUUGUUUUUUAUUACCUGGGAAGAUAUUUGGAUAUUCAAGAAAAAGCUAGAGAAGAAGUGGUUAGAAUAAUUGGUAAAGAUUUAGUAAUUCCAACUUCAGAUCAAUUAAAGGAAUUAAAAUAUGUAAACGCAAUAAUAAAAGAAGCAUUAAGGUUAUAUCCCUCAUUAACAACCGCGCCACCAAGAAUAAUUCAACGUGAUUUUCAAUUUGAUAAUUUUCUAAUACCAAAGGGUACUUAUCUGCAAGUGAAUUACUGGCAAAUCCAUCACAAUCCAGAAAUUUAUCCGCGACCAUAUGAAUUUAUACCAGAACGUUGGUUGGAUAAUCAUCCAAUGAGUUUGAAUGCAAAUCAGGAAAAACGACAUGCAUUUUCUUGGUUACCAUUUUCUGCUGGUCCAAGAAAUUGGUAA